AUGUCGAAGAGGAUUAUAAAAAAAAAAGAAUCGUCCAUGUCCACUCAACCAAAAUACGCAUUUCAUGUCUUACUACGCAAAACUGGACAAGAUUUAUGCACCGGUCAGACAUUAUCGAAACGUCGAGUGAUCAAUGAAACGAAACAAAUUGAUUUUCGUAGUGUUCUCAAACCACGACAUGCAUUUACUGAUGGAAGUGAUAAUGAUUCAAUCAUCAAAUCGAACAGUGCAUUUCAUCAACAACAACCCACUUGCAAUGACAAUCGAAUGAGAAUUCAUGAUUUCUGA